ACAAAUGUGAAGGACUAAGUUUGACCUGGAAAAUGUCUUCGAGUUCAGGCUCAUCAAAUCUCGAAACCUGAUAGCUUUCGCAAGUAUCUAUGCCCGCGUUUGUCCCUCGAUGUUAUCUGCUGCAUCCAAGAAUUUUAGAAUACUCAAAGUUCCCCGUCAUCUUCAACGCAUUUCUCUUGAAGCCCCCGCAUCCACCGCUCUCACUAUGGUACAUUACAUCGACGUGCAUCGAUGUGCAAUGGAAUUGUCUCGUACAGAUCCUAGCAUGAAACUUUCUACCCCCGUCAUGAGCCACUGGCCAACGGCAAUGGACCUCAUGGCUCAUGGUACAAGUCACGGAAAUGGAAUCUACCACAAACCACGGCCUCGAUUUCCGACAACGGGUGCUAGAGGCCUUAUCAGGUUUCCUCUGUGCCUCCCAUUUCGUAAUACCCAAAUCUCCUUUCGGAAGCACCAUUCUCGACCAGCGUGGCUUUGCUUCCACUGAAAUUCGCAUCUGGGCACAUUGCGUACGCCACGACAUUUCGGAACAUGCAUUGAAGUCAUCGGCAGAGCUUCUGAUGGUAUUUAUUGCAAUUCAAGAUCCAAGGGAUGCAAAGUUCAAAGACAUUAACAAACAAAUGGCUGGUUGUAUCGUUCUUCUUUGUUGCGUUGCCCGGCAGGAAAUAUAGAAAGAAAGAGUGUACGCUGCCGUUGAUUUGGACUGAAUGUCAUCUCCGAGUCGUUGCAGAAACUAAGGCGUACAUUUAAUUUUAACAGCGAUUCAGGUGCAC